AUGACGUUUAUCAUGUGUAUUGCCCUGUGGAUGUUCCUUUCAGGAACAGUUAUAUUUUGUGAUCGCCUCGGAAAGGAGGCUUCUUUAUUACUUGGCCCCAGGUCUGUGGAAGAUCGGGGGAGAUAUGGAUUUACUAAGAUGAUGAAGGAAGGACCUCGAAGACGUUCGGGGAAUAGGAAGACAAGAAACCAGUUGGUUGAUCUCAUAAAGAGGAUGCGGAAGUCCCAAGAGCAUCAACCAACGCCACGAAACCUAGAAGAACAGCCUGAUCCCAAAAUGACAAAGAAAAACGAUAAACGGAAUACUGAAAAAAGACCUCUCAAAGAAAACCACCACCACCACAAACGCGAUAAAGGGAAGGCCGCCAAACCGCCUCUUGGGCCAAAGACAUGGCGCCAGAUACUAAAAGAAAGAGACGAACUGGUCUUUGCGCUGAUGGACCAGAUGGCGAACUUGUCUCCAGUCUCUGAACAUGUGUUGUUAAUAAAUCACCUAAACAAACAUGUUUAUGAACUUGAAACGGCCACCAAAGACAGGCUGGAAAAGGAGAUUAAAAAAGUGAAUAAGUGCCAUUGCCAGGAGUCGCAACGAAAGAUGAAUAAGAACGAGAUUCCAAAGCCACGUCUUGGCCAGAGGAAACUUAAAAGAUGGUUGGCGGAAAAGGAACGGUUAUUGGAUCGGUUGACGAUUCUAAAAGAAAACAUUGAUCCCGUCGAAGGAAACGUCCCCAUGCUACUUCACUUGGAUGGUCACAUAAUGGACCUCCAACUGGCUGGAAAAGGAGCACUGGAAGUGGUCAUCGCUGAGAUUAAGAAGUGUCAGUGCCAAGGCUAUCCAGAGGGAGACGACGGAAGGAAAAAGUUGAACAGGAAACAGAGAAAGCUGAUAGAACAGAGGGACGACUUGAUCUACGAGCUGAUGAUCCAGGUGGAGAUGAAGGAUCCACCCUCUGCAAAUCUUGAGGCAAUAUAUCACCUGGAAGGUCACAUCUGGGACCUGGAAUAUGCUACAGAAGUUGACCUAAGAUCGAUGAUCCGAAACACGAAGAAAUGCUCCUGCCAAGCUGGACUGCCAAAGACGAAGAAGCCGUUCUACAGGAAGAAGGAAUGGGAGAACCUUCUGACAGAAAGGAAUCACUUAGUAGAGGAAUUGUCGGGACAGCUAAAAGCCAUUGGUGGCCGUUUCGAUAACUACUAUUUUUUUAUGAAAAUACACAUGGAAAAGCACCAGUGGCUCCUCCAAAAAGCAAAAGUGGAAGACAUGGAGUUCCUGCUAGAAAAGGUACGAAAUUGUUGGUGCCAGAAACAAGAAACUUGGUUCCAUGACGACUCGGACAGAGAUGAAUUUUCGUCCACUUAUGAGAACUCGUCUUAUUACGAAUUUGAAGACAGACCAGACGAGUUCCACGAUGAGUCUGGAGACAGACCAGACGAUAGAGACGAAUACUUCGAACCUUAUGAUAGAGAAUAUUCAUCUGUUGCAGAUGAAGAUAUCACCGAGAAAUAUUCAUCGGUUUCAGAUGAAGAUAUCACCGAGAAAUAUUCAUCUGUUUCGUCAGUGACAAUCGGAGAAUCAUCCCGAGAAACUCGUGUGACUCCCAGAUCACCCGUCUUAGAGCAACUUGAAAGGGUAACGAGGAAACUAACUCAAAAGUUGAAUACGUGGGACGGAGCGAUAGAGACAUACACGGCCAGAGACGAAUAUUUAGAACCUUAUGAUAGAGAAUAUUCAUCUGUUGCAGAUGAAGAUAUCGCCGAGAAAUAUUCAUCUGUUUCGUCAGUGACAAUCGGAGAAUCAUCCCGAGAAACUCCGGUGACUCCCAAAUCACCCCUCUUAGAGCAACUUGAAAGGGUAACGAGGGAACUAACUCAAAAGUUGAAUACGUGGGACGGACCAAUAGAGACAUACACGGCCACAGAGCAAUUAAUUAAUGAGAGACGCGCCCUUCUAGUUGAAAGAGAACACUUCAACAAGGAAAAGAAAGACCUCGAAAUUCAACGAAAGGCGUUCGAGGAAGUAAAGCAGGCGUUCGAAUUGGAUUAUUUUACCAUGAUAGAAGAAAUUGAUAGAAAACGUGAGGACCUCAUGAAGGAACAAGAGGUAUUGCAAUUGGAAUGGGAAGCCUUCCAGAUACAGAAGGGCCAAUUCUGUCUGGAAAUGACCAACGGGAGAGAAGAAAUGAGAAAAGAAAAAGAAGACCUUACCAUGGAAAAACAGGCCUUCCAUUUGGAUUGGGUUGCCUUCGAGGGAGAGAGGGCUGCAUUCGAAAAAGAAAGAGAAAACCUAAUGGUGGAACGAGAGAAGCAUGAAAAAAAUGUACGUGAUUUCGAUUCGAAACAAGAAAAAGUCAGAAAAAAAAUGGAAAAAGCAGGUGCCAAACUGAUCACAGAAAAGAAACUCAUUGACGAGGCAAAAAGUCUCCUGAAGAAAGAAAAGGAGCUGCUCGUGAAGAAAAGUGAUAACUUCACCAAGAAGAAAACAGAAUUCCCAGGUCAGCCUAAAGAUCAGUGCUUACAAGAAUGGAGAAAACAACAGGAUACUGAGGUUGAAUACCUUGAGGGAAAAUUAGUGGAACUAGAGAGAAGAUUAGGCCGACUGGAAACAAAUCCUUGUGACCAAUAA